AUGAGUGGAGUAUUGAAAAGGAAGUAUGAUGAACUGGAGGAUGAUGCCACCUACUGCUCCUCUUCCUCCUGCUCCCCUUUCUCCUCUUCUUCGGCCUCGUCCGGUUGGGAAACAGACGAAGAAAACUCCCGGGGAGACAGCAAGCCCAGCACUGCCUUACCCUCCAGUUUCACUCCUACAUCCAUCCUGAAGAAAACCAAGCGGUUAAAGAAGAACAAUGUGGAGUUCGACCAGGUCACUGUGUUUUACUUUCCACGCUGCCAGGGGUUCACCAGCGUGCCUAGCCGGGGUGGCUGUACCCUGGGGAUGAUGAACAAGCACAGUUCGUCCAGGCAGUUUACACUGGCAGAAUUUUCAAAGGAACAAGAGAAUGUUCGGCGGGAGAAACUCAAGGAGCGGUUAAAAGAGGAGAAGCUGGAGGCAUUGAAAUGGAAGCUGACUGUGAACGGCACAGCGGAGUCUGAGGAGGCCAGCCAGCUCACUACUGAGGACAUAUCCGACGAUGACGUGGAUGUGAGCAAUGUGGAGCUGGAGGACGGCUUCUUCCUACAGCCCUACCCUGCCAAAAAGAGACGUGCUCUGCUCAAAACCAUGGGGGUGAAGAAGAUCGACAGAGAGGAGAAACGGGAGCUGCACAGCAUCCGCCUGUCCCGUGAAGACUGCGGCUGUGACUGCCAGGAGUUCUGCGAUCCAGAGACCUGCAGCUGUAGCUUAGCAGGCAUUAAAUGUCAGAUGGAUCACACUUCGUUCCCUUGUGGCUGCACAAAAGAUGGCUGUGGAAAUACAGAAGGGAGAAUAGAAUUCAACCAGGCUAGAGUGCAAACUCACUUUAUCCACACCAUCAUGAAACUGGAACUGGAAAAGAACCAGCAGAGCAGCGAAAGGAAUGUAGAACCCGAAUCAUCAUUCCGGGACAGGCUCCAUCAGUUUGGCUGUUCGGCAGGGAAAAACGUGUUUGAGGAAAGAGCUGUCCCGCUGACCCCAGCCUUUCAGUUCAACAUGGACCUGGAGACUGUUGGGGAGAAUAGCUGUAGUAGUGAUAUGACAGACUCUUCGAUUUCAUCCAUUCAGAGCGAGGAUUCAGAGGAACAGUACGAGAGUGUCCCGUCAGAUAAGUCUCAGUCUGAUAUUGAUGACGACGGCCUGGCAAGAAUACUCCACUUCAAUGAUUCCGACAUCGAAGACAACAGUAAUAAUUGCCAAGACAACUUGAGCUGUUUCCAUCCAGCUGACUUCUUUAGUGCUAACAUUGAAGACCAGUGUGGUACAACUGCUGAAAAACUCAGCACUGGAAAGUACUCUGGCCAUUUGUCAAACAUCUCCGAAUGCCUGGAUGAAAAUGCCAAUCAGGAUGCUGGUUGUUUUCUAGACGAAACUGCUGAUACACACUGUGAUGGGCUUUCUUGCUGCAUGUCAUCCUCUGCAGAGCAGUGCUCAAAGAGCUACACAGAUCUCAGUCUUUCCUCUGACUCCUUGGAUCUUUUUCAGUCAUUUUCCGACUACAACUUGGGACCUCUUUAUAACUCGUUAAAGGAAUAUGAGAACCUUGAUAACUUUUCAGCAUUGCAGUUUCAAUUGCCUAAUUUUCCUGGCUUUCCCCAGGCAGGAGACCAGAGCACCUGUUUCCUGGAGUCUCUAAUUGGCUUGUCUGAAUCUGUCCCAGAAACCCCAGUCCCUUUCACAGACAAUCAGCUUUUAGAAGAUGCCAUUAAGUCAUCACUAAUGGAAACAGUGAAAGUUUAAAAAAAGAAGGAAAACUGAAAUUAAAACUGAAGUACUGAGCAAACUUUCACUGAAGGAGAAAAUACUACAAAAAGCUUUCUAAGCAGACAAAUUAUUUUUUGUCUUUAUAGAACAUGGACACUUUGAAAUACUGCAGCUACAAUCAGUUCCCUUGCUGUUUGUGCAAAAUUUAUAAACUUUCAUAAUUUGGAAAAAAUAGAAGACUUUCAAGUACGAAUUUACCUGUGUUUUGUAUAAAAAGACCUAUUAAGAAAUACUCCUUGUUAACAUUGCCAGUCAUACACAACAGCCCCUUCUAGAAACUAUUCAGUGUUGCAGAAACUUUUUAAAACAACUUUUGAAUCCAUAUUUAUUGUGAAAAAUGAUUUGCAUAAGAGUGAGCCUGCCAUGCUCUUACGUUUAAAUCUGAAGAAGUUUACAGAAAAGAUCCAUACACUAGAUCCAUAAUCAUUUUCACCUAUUUAUUGCAAAUUCCAGAAUUUAAAUAGCCACCGAAGCUUGAACUAGCAUGAAACCUUAUUUAAAUUGGUAAUACCUCAGAUGUAUUAUGUGUACAAUCAUAUUUUUUACAUAAUAUAUCUGUAUUUAUUUAUUUUUUACCUUUUAAUACAUGAAUAGCACUGUGGUUUAUUAAUGACCUGGAAGUGCAAUAAAAGUCUUUAGCAGCACAGAUCCUAAAGACGACAACACUGUUUUUUAAAAGAGGCGGAAAGGUAUUAACUUUAGAGAUGAUCAGAUACCUUUUCUGUCUUUGCAUAACAUUUCUAAAAGAGCCUAAGCCAGGUGAAG